AUGCCGUCUGCGCCUCCCAGCUGGAAGGCGACAUUCAGCAAUGUGCCGCCCUUGACAAAGUCCGUCUCGACCGCCAUGACCAUCAUGACUGCCCUUGGGCUCAUGGUUCGCGUCAGAGACUUACUCAUCCGUACCCACAACGGCGACGUCGGUGUCGCCGACGGCAAUGUCGUCAUUGUGGUUCCUGGCUCUGAUGCCGAUUUCUUAUCCUUGAUCGCCCUGGUCCCAGUAUCGGCACCGUUCCGGUUUUGGACGUUUGCGACUGCGUCCUUCUUUGAGCGCAACAUCAUCAUGUACGCGAUCAACACAUUUAUUCUUUUGGGAUGCGGUAAAUAUCUCGAGCGCGCAUGGGGAUCACGCGAGUUGUUCAAGUACCUAAGCAUCACCAGUGUCGGCACCAUGCUCGGGAUCUAUUUCACCUGUGUGUUUGAGUAUGUUGUUCGCAGCAACGACGCUCUCCUAUAUGAUACACAGGCGUAUGGAUUGACAGGAGUGGUCGCGGGAUUCUUGAUUGGAUUCAAGCAGCUUGUACCUGAGCACCUCGUCACUGUCUGGGGCGUCUUUUCCAUCCGUUCGCUGCCGCUGUUGUUCGCGAUUGUGAUGUUUUUGGGCGCGUUUGUCACGCAUACACAGAUUGAACUCUUGAUGGCAAUCUACGGCCUGUUCAUUUCAUGGAUUUAUACCCGCUUCUUGAAAGUCCAGGAUGGCAUUCGUGGAGACCGCAGCGAGACCUUUUCCUUUGCCUCCUUCUUCCCUGAGUUCAUACAGCCACCGGUGAAGGCGGUGUCAAACUUUUUCUUUGGGAUCCUGGUCAAACUGCAAAUCUGCUCACCAACAGGAUACGGCGGCAGUUUCCAGUAUGAUCUCGAAAACCCGCAGAUGGCUGGCAUGGGCCAUACGUUCACCCAACCAGGAAGUCUCCGCGCCGAAGCUGAGCGCCGGAGAGCGUUGGCAUUGAAGGCGUUGGAUAUGAGACUGCAUGCGGCAUCGGGAGGAGGGCUGUCGGUAUUAUCGAGUAUUGGACGGUCAAAUACAGCAGGAAGAGACGGUGCAUCAGGUAAUGUGCCACGGGUGUCGUUGCUGUCACUGUCGGCUGAGCCAGAACCUACAGGGGGGUCUGACUCUGAUGAUGAGAACGAGGUGCUGUUUGAGACCUCAGCGUUGGAUGUUAAUAGCAAGAGUGAGGUGUCUUCCGAGUCGCCUGCACCUGCACGGACGAAACGGAACUCUGAUGGGGGCUUUGUGGAGACAACCAUUCCGGAGUAA